CCCGCCGGUGUCCCCAGGGCUCCGGGCCGCCAGGGCAGCGCCAGACGCGCGGGGGGUCCCCGAGGAGGGGCCAGCCCGGCCGAGGCGCGGCGAUGGAGGAGCCGCAGCGCGUCCGCUCGCAGACCGUCACCACCACUGCCAGCUCCUUCGCCGAGAACUUUUCCACCAGCAGCAGCAGCUUCGCCUACGACCGGGAGUUCCUCCGCACCCUGCCCGGGCUCCUCAUCGUGGCGGAGAUCGUUCUGGGACUGCUGGUGUGGACACUGAUCGCUGGAACUGAGUACUUCCGGGUCCCUGCGUUUGGCUGGGUCAUGUUCGUAGCUGUAUUUUACUGGGUCCUCACCGUCUUCUUCCUCAUCAUCUACAUAACAAUGACCUACACCAGGAUUCCCCAGGUGCCCUGGACAACGGUGGGUCUGUGCUUUAAUGGCAGUGCCUUCAUCUUAUACCUCUCAGCCGCUGUGGUGGACGCAUCUUCUGUCUCCCCCGAGAGAGACAGCCACAAUUUCAACAGCUGGGCAGCCUCAUCGUUCUUCGCCUUUUUGGUCACCAUUUGCUAUGCUGGAAACACAUAUUUCAGUUUUAUAGCUUGGAGAUCCAGGACCAUACAGUGAUUUGCCAUUUUGAGAAUUAAACAGGAGAAAGCAGGAAGAAUCUCACUGUAAAAAAACAGCAACAACAAACUGUAGGUAUAAUGUAUAUUUCCAGAGAAUUAUAUUUAACUAAUGUUUUUAUAUACUUAGUUAAAUUUGCUCACAGUGGUUUGUUACAAUUAAACUGGAUACUUAUUUGCAAAUUGUUGUAGCCAUAUAAUGAACUCUUAAAUAUCUUAUUCAUGUCUUCAUGGACCUUAUUUUCUUAGACAAUGUAUAAAUAGAUAAAUUGCUAAUGUUAAGACUGUGUCGAGUUUGUAAACCUAACUUUUAAAAUGCCAGAUUCUUUUCUGAUUAAAUGUUUCAAAAUCUU